AUGGUGGAGCGGGGGAGGCAAAUUCAGCAACAGCAACAGCGGGAACAGCAGCAUAAACAGCACCACCAGGAGUCAUUACAGCAGCAUCGGGACCCCGCCAUGCCCAGUACCCAGACGAAGUACAGCUGCCGUUCCCUUGGGGAGCAAAACACAACCGGCCUCGAAGAGGGCAAGAUAGAGGAGUCGGCGGCGGCGGCGGCGGAGGCGGAGGCGGCGGUGGUACGAGGCCCGCGCGAUACGCCGCCCCUUGACAAAAGCGGCACCUCAAAGGCCCCUCGUGGACUGAGGGCGGAGGAGCGGCCGCAGACACACACUCAGCACAAUGUGCCGCCAAGGAGUCGCCGUAAGCCCGCCGAGCAGCGUCACCGGUCCCCUUUGCCCGUCAUCGGCGACCGCAAUGUGCCGCGCGACCACGACGACACCGCAACGCCGCCGCCCGCGACCGCACGCCCACUCGUAGACUCUGGCUGCGCCCCCGUGUCACCCUCCCUGCCCGGGCGCCAGCUGAUCUCGGCGAUGACCUACGCCCGUCCCGGCAGGCGUGGGCGGCCGAGGCAGGACCACGAGCUCACCGCGGAUUCUGGCCUCCCUGUUGACAUAACCUUCUCGCCUGUCAGCCUGUCAACUUCCAUCAACCUGCCCAGCUCUUGUCGGGGGAGCAUCGAGAGAUCCAGCCUCCAGACGCGGUAUCUCCGCGGCCCGGGAACAGAGGCGGAUCCCACACGGCGCUUAAGGUUGGAAUUGCAGCCCGCCAAGCCGCGGCGGUCACCCUUGCGGCCGCCGCGCUGUAAAUCACAGCUUGGUGCCAUCAAAGUUUGGUUUAUUGCAGCGGUGCAGGAUGCCUUGUAUUUCCCAGUAAAACAUACUCCACUAAAUCAAGCCAAGGCAAGAAAUAUCAAGCCACGCCAAGCCAAGGCAACCCCUACCAAGACAAUGCAACCCAGUGCAACCCAAGCGCCGCCGUCACCCGUUCAUGCAAGCGGCCGCCUCGCCGGCCCCUCGACCUGCGUGAUGGAUGACCCGGGGGCGCAGGAGGAGGGCAUGGCAUCCGGGCAAGAGGUGGGCGUGGCGAAGAUGACACGCCCACUGACGGAGGACAACGAUAAGCGACAGGGUACAGAGGGUACAGAGGGUACAGAGUUGGGUACAAGCAAGGAGCAGAGAGGCAAGGCAGGGGGCAAGAAACAGGGGCAAGAAGCAGGGGCAAGAAGCAGAGGCGACAGAGCCGCCGCCGCCGCCGCCGCCUCGGCCCCCGGAGCUUUCUUUGUUGAUGCUCCAGUUCCUGCUUCUGUUAUGCCCGUAUUCCUGUUCUGCUCCUGCUGCCUCUGCUCCUGCUGCGUCUGCGUCUGCUGCUGCCCUUCCUAUUGCCCCCGUUCCUGCUUCUGUUAA